UUUCCUGUGGUCUUAACACGUGCGAGCUUUGUUUACAUGAGGCCACGACAGAGUUGUGAUAUCGUGACAGAAACUGUUCAAUGGCUCUAGCCUUCAGCAGUAGCGAUCAAGCUGUAAUAGACAGAACAACAGAUGUCUGCGCAACCAGUGCAACUGCCUCAACGAAGACUACGGAGUGUGAUCUUGGAACGAAGUACGAGAUACAACGCUGUGUUGACUGGAUCAACAAAAAUCAGUACAAAAUCGUCGCAUUACAGUUCCCGGACGAGAUGUUAGUGGACUCUGUUCAGGUCACCCUAGCUAUUCAGAAUUCUGUGACCGCCGAUCUGUACAUCCUCGGUGACACCUCCUACGGAAGUUGCUGUAUCGACGAAGUCGCAGCUGAACACAUCAAAGCCGAAGCAAUCAUUCACUUCGGUCAUACAUGUCUCAGCUACCCUUCUAGGCUUCCCGUAUGUUUCGUUUUCGGAAAAGAACCCUGUCCUUUGGGCGAACUCGAAGGGAGACUCAAAUCACUCAUAACCGAUCCACACGCAAAGUUACUACUUGUGUGCGACGUAAUUUAUGAUCACGCAAAAGACAUCAUCAGCCAGAAGCUCCGCAAUGUUUUUCAGGAAGUCGUAGUUUCCGACCCCAUAAUUCCUGACGUGACGGACCGAGAGAAUUGCGUCAACGAGGUUCGUAGGUGCGCUCGUAGGAUUGUGCUUCCAGAAUCUGCAGGCAUUGAGGACUACAGAGUGCUGUUUGUAGGACCCGAAAAUCGGACGUUGUCCUACUUAGUCAUGACUUUUAGUCUGUGCCAGUGUUACUCUUUCAAUCCGCUGACUCACGUGGCGAGGCUGGAAAGCACGACUGUUAACAGACACCUCGCAAGACGGUAUCACAUGAUUGAAAGAGCCAAGGAUGCACAAAUAAUUGGUGUACUCGUGGGCACCCUUGGAGUACGACACUACCUGCAAGCGAUCGAACAUUUGAAGAGCCUCAUCAAAGCCGCCGGCAAAAAGUCCUACACCCUGGCAAUGGGGAAACUAAACGUUGCCAAGCUGGCGAACUUUGAGGAGGUCGAUGUCUACGUGUUAGUUGCGUGUCCCGAAAACACGCUUCUCGACUCUAAAGAAUUCUUCCGUCCAGUGGUCACACCCUUUGAGCUGGAAAUCGCUCUGAACGCUUCACGUGAAUGGGGUCGAGAUUACACGACAGACUACGGCGAUAUAUUGCCCGGUGGCGACCUCUACGUCGAGCAAAAAGCAUCUGAAGGAACGAGGUACGACGUGUCGCUUGCGACGGGAAGUAUUCGGAAGCUCGGCAUCGAGGAAAAAUCGGAACGGCUCGUCGAAAUGACCGUCGCUACGAAGGUGGGAACAGUAGCCGUUCCAUCCCUACAUACGGGUGCUGCGGGCGAGUACCUAAUGCGACGGACUUGGCAAGGACUCGAUCCAGAGCUGGGGAAGACUGCGGUGGCAGACAUAGCCGUGGGGAAGAAGGGGAUUGCAGCUGGUUACGAGGGGGAGGGCGAAAACGAAGAGGAGAAGGAAGGGAAUGCUUCGUAGCUGUUUCUUUGGGAGCAUCACUUCAUUCGACUAAGCGUGUGCUGGAACAAAAAGAAGGUUUACUGUACUCUCAGUUGAUGCAGAACUUCUGCUGCUUGGAUCAGGGAUCUGCCCUGCAGAAUGUGUAUAAAAAGAAAAAAAAAGAAGAAGAGGUCUGUUGUGGUAUUUGAAGAUGAAAUGAAUCUUUAAAGUAAAUGGAAAGCUGGAUUAAAAAAGUAGCAGUGUUAUCCCACAUUGUGUAAUUGCGAUAUUAUAAUAAAACUGAGGACACAUACA